AUGCGCCGUGUUCCCCUAUGGCGUAGGACCUGGUCCGCUCCCCACUCGCCGCAGGGCGGGGUUUCGUGUUGUCCGAGCGGGUCCGGUGUGGACAUGGCUGCUCGCUGCACCCAGGCGGUGCUGGCCGCCCUGGGGGUGCUCAGUGUCUGUUCGGCCAGCAGCUCCGGAUCCGAGGCUUCGGGGGAGGCGGGUGGGGAGGCAGAGCUGGAGGAGCCGUGGGAUGGCGCGGUUUUCCGGCCGCCCGCUGCCCUAGGCGCUGUGGGGAUAGCGCGCGGGGCGGGGUCGCCACCGCCGGGAAACACGGAGACGUUGGACCUACCAGUGUUGCUGUGGUGGAGCCCAGGUCUGUUUCCGCACUUCCCAGGUGACUCGGAGCGGAUAGAGUGUGCGCACGGCGCGUGCGUGGCGUCCCGGGAUCGACAGGCGCGCGCCGACCCGCGGACGCGCGCAUUGCUCUUUUACGGCACGGACUUCCGCGCGGCUGACGCGCCCCUGCCGCGCUUGGCGCACCAGAGUUGGGCGCUCCUGCACGAGGAGUCGCCGCUCAACAACUUCCUGCUGAGCCACGGCCCGGGCAUCCGCCUCUUCAAUCUCACGGCCACCUUCAGCCGCCACUCGGACUAUCCCCUGUCGCUGCAAUGGCUACCUGGGGCCGCCUAUUUGCGCCAGCCUGCGCCUCCGCUCCGGGAGCGCGCCGAGUGGCGUCGCCGCGGGUACGCGCCGUUGCUCUACUUGCAGUCCCACUGCGACGUCCCUUCCGACCGGGACCGCUACGUACGCGAACUCAUGCGCUACAUCCCGGUGGAUUCCUACGGCAAGUGCCUGCAGAACCGCGAGCCGCCCACGAUGCGGUUACAGGACACAGCUACGGCCACCACCGAGGAUCCAGAACUCAUGGCCUUUUUGUCCCGCUAUAAGUUCCACUUGGCCCUGGAAAAUGCCAUCUGCAAUGAUUACAUGACAGAAAAAUUGUGGCGCCCCAUGCAUCUGGGUGCUGUGCCUGUGUAUCGUGGAUCACCCUCUGUGAGGGACUGGAUGCCCAAUAAUCAUUCCAUCAUCCUAAUUGAUGACUUUGAGUCCCCUCAAAAGUUGGCAGAGUUUAUUGACUUUCUGGACAAAAAUGAUGAAGAGUAUAUGAAAUAUCUCACAUACAAGCAGCCUGGAGGCAUCACCAACCAGUUUCUUCUGGAUAACUUGGAGCGCAGGGAGUGGGGAGUGAAUGAUCCUAUGUUGCCUAACUACCUCAAUGGCUUUGAGUGUUUCGUCUGUGACCAUGAACUGGCUCGGCUGGAUGCCGAGAAAGCACAUGCAUCCUCUCCUGGGGACAUUCCUGUCCCCGAGCCUCACAUUGCCCAGUCGUCGCACAUGAACUGUCCAGUGCCUGCCCCUGGCUUUGGGAAAGUCGAAGAGAUUCCUGAGAAUGACAGCUGGAAGGAAAUGUGGCUACAAGAUUAUUGGCAAGGUCUCUAUCAGGGGGAAGCUCUCACCGCCAUGAUCCACAACAAUGAGACACAGCAGAGGAAAUUUUGGGAUUAUGUACAUGAGAUCUUCAUGAGAAGGAAUAAAAAUCUCUAACUGCUUUCAUCCAAGAGCUGUUAGCUUGGAAGACUUAAGGAGACUGCUUUAAGCAUCGACCUUUAGUGAAUACUGUCUACUAUGGAUUGAUGUUUUCACUGAUUCUCCUGCCCUGUAUUGGGGAUUGGAACCUUGGGUUUUGAUAAUGCUAGGCAAGUACCCCCAGCCCUCCCUACCUAAAUGGUAUGGAGCCAGUAUCUCAGCCUGUGGUAAGAGAGCUUCUCAAAGAGAAGCAGAAGCCAGAAACACCCAUUUGAUUCAAGUACACUUUUCAUGUUUGUAGCCAUUUCAUCAUUUUAAAUAUGGGCAGGAUGGGUUCAGGCUAUGAACUAUAAAACUUCCGUUAUUUAGUACCUUUAAAUAGUGUCCAUUCCUCAUCAGCUGUUAAUACUGGUUGGGAGGCAAAGCCAUAUGUGUGGAUGUGUUAUUCUGUUUUUCUGCUUUUUUCUCCCUUUUGAGAUAGGUCUCACUACAUGGCUCAAGCCAGCAUCCAAUUGUAGGCCAAACUGGAAAGAUUGACAAAUGAGAGAUUUACAUCAUUCUUAAUGCUUGGUUUUCUUUUCUUUUCUUUUUUUUUGGUUUUUCGAGACAGGGUUUCUCUGUGUAGUCCUGGCUGUCCUGGAACUCUGUAGACCAGGCUGUCCUCGAACUCAGAAAUCCGCCUGCCUCUGCCUCCCAAGUGCUGGGAUUAAAGGCGUGCGCCACCAACACCCGGCUCCAUUCAAUUCAUUAUUCAAAUUUUCUCACAUUCUUCCAGAUACCUUAGUCACUGGUUUGGGGUUUUGUUGUUGUUGUUGUUGUUUUGUAUUUAGGAAGGCAAGCAUUCUAUAUAUUGAGUUAUAGCGCUACAACUCUAAUACUGAGGGUUUCUUUGUAUGAGGUUUUUGUUUGUUUGUUUUUACUUGUUUUUUUUUAAAUAAAGCCAGCCCAAGGCCCAGUUCAAACAGUGAAGAAAGCAAGGGAUUUAAGUCACCCUUAAGUGGCUAGCUAAAUAAAAACUUUAGAUUUGGGGUUGGAGAGAUAGCUCCACUGUUAAGAGUACUGGCUACUCUUCUAGAUGGCCCAAGUUUGAUUCCCAACACCCACAUAGCAGCUGACAACUGUCUGUAACUCCAGAUCCAGGGGGUUAGAUACCUCAUCUUAUCUCUAUGGGUACUAGGCAAGAAUGUGCUGUACAGACAUACAUAUAUUCAAGCAAAACUCCCAUUGUAUCCACAACAACCACACCUGGAAAUCUGAAGAUACAAACUGCCUACUGAUGUAGGACACCAGGAGCUUUUUCUGGGGCAAUAAGAAAGAAUGCCUUGGCCCUUAAAGCAAUGCUUAUUGUAUUGAUGAAUUAUCACUUGAGAAGCCUCUUGGCUUAUCAGUGUAUCUGAUUGUGAACUACAGAUAUCUGUGAAUCCAUGUCUAUACAGAUAGAUACAUAUAUGCAUGGUAGAUGCUUUAAGCAACCAGGCUUCAUGGUUAAUACUGUGACAUCUAAAGAUGUGACCAAAAAAAGCUUUAACAUAGGUUGGAAUUACAUUGCUAACAAUUUUGUUUUUCCUUAUGUGUGUUGUUGGAGAUGGACCCUAAGGCUCUGCACAUGCUAAGCCUGCACUCUGCCUCUGCCUUAUGUGCCCAGACCUUUAUUUUGUUUAGUAAAAAAUGUCUUCAGUAAUAGCAUGGAAAUUGUUUAACCUAUUUUGUUUUUUUGUUUUUUUGCAGAGAACAAGAUGUUAAAAAAAAAAAAAAAAAAAAAAGAGUGGGUCCAUGAGUGCUGGGCCAACUUGGGUUACAACAGCAAGACUGUCUCAAAAAAAAGUUAACAUUUUACAGUAUAGAUGGGCAUGGUUGUGCAUGCUUUAGUUUCAGCAUUCCAGCACUUUGGGAGGCAGAGGCAGGUGGAUCGAGUGUUCCAGGCUAGCCUGAGCUCUAUGUUGAGACCCCAUCUCAAUAAAGAAAGAAACAUAAAUAAAUAAAUAUAGUAUAAAACAAGCCAGAGGAUUCUGAUUCCCAAUCAAGUCAUCUAUUUCAGUGCAGGUUUUGAUUCCUAUAGCAAAAUAAGUAUUAUUCAAAUAAAAGCUUAUAUCAGAACUCAGAUGUGAUGUGCAACAGGAAGGGUAAGUGACGGGUAUGUGGGUGUAGGGUCCUGUCCAUUCCACCAGCUCACAUGAACACUCACUCCUCUAGUGCUUUUAUGCAAAGUGAGCCAGCUGUUCAUGAAUGGUUAUGGCUGGAGAAUCAAGCUUGUUUUUUUGCUCAGUUCUUCCCAGGCUUUAUCCUUUAUCCCUAUCAUUAUGUAAAUAAUCAUUAAAAAAAAAAAAAAGGGCAAAUCAGGUGCUACAUUUCCACAGGGGAAAGAACUAUGAAUAACCACUUAGUACUAUACCAAUGAAAAAGCUUUACUUUCCAUAUGAAAAAAGCAACAAGAUUUUUUUCCGGUUGAGGCUCAGCCACUAUGUAUACAGCGCCAAUGUUUGCUAUAGGUUAUGGAUACUAGUGGUAGAAGUUUCUAAUAGGAGUCUUAUUUACCGCCAGAGUGUGGGAGAGGAUACAAGGCUGAUGGCAAGUGUUACUAUCUGUUUUAUUAUCUCAGGUUUCAUUUUAUAUAAUAAACUGCUUUUUACAGUGUC